AUGACGGCCAGUCUUACCAAAUGGGGCAUUGUGUGGACCCUUGUUUCUCUUAUUGGUACAACACUGUCCUGUGCGGGCUACUAUCUGCCCUACUGGCUGAAUGGAAGUUACCAAAACCACACAGGUGUACCUGGGAAUAUUCAGACGCUCAUGGUGCUGGAAUGCGGACGUUACACAACAUUUUCGGACAUACCGACUCUUUCAUGGAAAGCUUGCACCAUCAUUAUCGGCAUAGGGUGUGGUCUUGCGAUCCUGGUCUCCCUGACGGCACUGCUUUCGUGCUGUGUUAGAGAUUUAAUAACGCGGAAAGCAGGAAGAGUGGCAGGAGGGUUACAAUUCCUUGCAG